GUGCAAUGGCGCGCGGACGGGAGCUGGCAGGCGCGCGUCGUCGUGGGCUUCGCCACCGCCGCCGAGUUCACGACAGUGAUGGGGACAGCACCUCCAGCAGGAGCGGAGGAGAGACGCGAGAUCGCAUACAUGAUCACGCCCGACGGCGACAUGUAUCCCCACGUGCUGCAUCCCGACGCGAUCCAGGGCGCAGUGAGAGUCCUCCGCGGGCAGAGGGACCGCGCGUCAGUGGUUGGCACGGCCCCAGCCGCCAACGCGAGGUCGUACGGCGCCGACUGGGCACCCGAGCCGCGGGAGUUCCUGGAGGCGGUGGCGGCCGCGUCGGCACGGUCCUUCGGCGAGGUGGAGACGAUGCUGAGACGACCAGCAGCGCCCAAGGAGGCGGGCUUGGACUCGGAUUCAGCUCCGAUGCCGCCUGACUGGGAGAGCGCGUCCAACCUGCCCGACCCAGAUAGCAAGGGGUGGUAUAUCAUCGCGGGCAGCGACCAGAGCAGCUCUGCCAAGCUGCCCAGCCUGUCCGUGGACUUCGGGGUGAUCGGCGAGGGCCUGGGCUUCGUGAAGGUCGGCAACAGCAGCUUCCUCGUGCAGUACGGGAGCCCAGGGACGGCCCUCGACGCACGGGGGCUGGCGAUCCACAAGAGCGCAGGGGACGGGCGUCACCUGGGGUUCCGCGAGGGUGUGAAGCAGCUCACGGAGACUGCCUGGCCGUCCUGGCCCUUGCUGGGCCCGAGGACCGCGGGUUGGGUGUGCCACUUCAUUCGGGACCAGGAUGUUGCGCCUCGCUCCCGCCACGCUCGGUUCAAGGCCGAGGCGGGGCUGUCGUCGUCAGAUCCAGGGGUCGACUUUCACGAGUUCUGCCGACGUCUGCUGCAGAUUGGCAUUCAGUUUGACCAGCUGAGCGUGUCAGAGCUUGCGAUCUUUGAGCUGAUCUGCAGGAAGGCGCAGAUGAUUGAGUAUAAGUACAGGGAUAGGUAUCUCCACCGCAUGGGCGCCGCGGGCGAUGAUUUGGCCGAGGACGAGCACAUCUACUUCGGCACGUCGGAGACCCGCGGCCUCAUGAUGAUCUCGCCCGCCCUCUCAAGCUACGUGGCAGCUGAGUUGCACAAGGAUGCGAUUGUGCUCAAAGAGAGACGCAAAGUACGGGAGGAGAGAUCGACAGCUCGGCGUGGCGGCGCAGGCGGCAGCGGAGGCCAUGACAACUCAGCGGGCCUGCAGAGCCGCGCCGACAAGCUGGCGAGUGAGAACAAGUCUGUCAAGGAGAAGUUGGCAGCCACCGACCGGAAGGGGAAAGGCAAAUCAGGAGCGGCUGCGGCCGCGGAUAGCAAGUAG